GUGAUUUACAGAACCCUCCCCAAGUGGCAGUCCCUGGAUCCGUUUGGGCUCGAGGGCCAGCAGCAGCUUAGGGUGACCAACAUCCGAAUCCGGUUACUGAAGCAUCAGCCGUGUCCCUGCCAGGCCAAAGACCUCGCCUCCGCGCAGGAAGCCCGUCCUGCUCGACACUUCGCCGUCUACGACCUGAUAGUGAAAGGGAGCUGCUUCUGCAACGGCCACGCCGAGCAAUGUGUCCCUGCGCCGAAAUACCAGCCCGCCAGAGACCGGACCCACCACGUGGUCCAUGGGAAGUGUGUGUGCAGACACAACACGGCAGGUGACCACUGCGAUCGCUGCGCUCCUCUCUACAACGACCGACCCUGGCAGCCCGCCGACGGCCUGACGGGCGCUCCGCACGAUUGCCGGAAGUGCAAGUGCAACGGACACGCUCGAAGCUGCCGUUUCGACUGGACGGCGUGGCGAGAGUCCGGCCAGCGGAGCGGAGGUGUGUGCGACUGUCUGCACAACACCGAAGGGCGGCAGUGUCAGAAAUGCAAAGUCGGUUUCUACAGAGACCCCCAGCGACCUCAAACUGCCCCGGACUCCUGUAAACGUGGGGAGUACUUGGUGGCGGGCCAUUUGGACCGUAAGCAGGGUCGCCUCCUGGUUAACAUGAAGAGCUUCGUCAAGCCCUGGAAAGCCAGUUUAGGACGAAAAGUCCUAAUGCUGCUCGCAAAAGACUGCAACUGGUAGAUGACCAGAAGACCGGCGGAAGGGACAAAAGACGUGACAGACAAGACUGUUUCUGGGCAAACAAAGCCAGCAGUUUUUGCUCCUGUUCUUGAGGUUUUGGAGGAUUGAACUGAGUCGAUCGGACCACUCCACGUUUCUGCUGUUGUCCACUGAAGCCACGGCUGGACGACAAGCUUAAGGCACACAGGAUGUAUCUUAUUAAGACAUCUCUGCCUUACAUUUGAGCUUUCACUCCAUGUUCCUGUGUACUGUAGGAGCAUGCAGCUCAAAAAAAAAACUUUAUGACUAAUAUUGAGUGUGUGAACGCACCGUGAACACGUCCAUGUUCAUUGCAACACAAAAAAAUCCUCCUCUUCAGCACUUUAGCCUAAGAUGGCCUGAGAAAACAUGGAUGCACAAAGAAAGGAGGAUUAAGCACACUUGGACACAACGAUGUAGCUCUUCUGUUCUCUUUAUAAUGGACACACGCUCUACACAGAGUGCCACUGAACAAGCCAUACAAGCCACUACAGGUGGUUAAAUCUGUAGACAGUCCAGGUGUGCCUGUGUUGAAAUCACAGCAAAACUGAGUGUAUUUGCCUGAUUGUGUGUGAGAGAGAGUGGUUGAAAAAGCAGUAUACUUUAGAGCAGAGUGAUUCAGUCCAGUUCUUUAGCUUCUCUGUAGGUUUGAAACCAUCCGAUGUUUGUGAUUCAUAUUCUCCUUCACUUACGUCACACUGCUGAACUCAGAAAUAUCAUUCCUUUGUGCUCAUGUACAGUGUAUUUUGUAUAUACCUAUAUAAAUAUUUUUGCUUGUCUCUUUGUUUUUGUUAAUGGUAAUAUUAAAAAAGAUAAAUCCAUUCUGUUAUAA